ACCAGCGUUGCUCCUGGCUGCCCCUCCUCCCUCCCUCCCGCGGCUCCUCCGCCCCCUCCCGGCCGCCACCAAUAUCUUUCCCUUCAACCCCCUGCUGCCACUGAGGAGCUGUCUGGGAUGCGGCGUCCGGGGAGCCCACCCUUGUUCGGCACUGCUGGGUGAGUAGCUCUAGAUUUCCUUUUUGCUUCGGCGGCCCGAGGAAGCCCGUUCCUUUCUCCAGCGCUGCCUGCUGCCCUGGAUGUGGAGCCGCCUUUUCAUUAGGGGUUAUAUAUAUUGGCUGCUCCCUCCCUCUCUCUUUCUCUCGGUACCACUUUGCUCUGGUGACUUGGUUACAUACAGGCAGGGAGGAAGGGAGAAAUGGUGACUGUUGCGGCUGGAAAGGGCCAGUUUGGCGUGUGCGUAAAAGGCAGCGAGAGCUGAGCGCUGCCGCCUGCGGAGUUUGCCGUCGAGAUCCGUACGGAUCUCCACACAAAAGGUCUGAAGAGACGGCGGUUCAAAGGGUGACCCGCCCCGUCGUGUAGAAGAUCCUAAGGCAGCAGAAGCGAGGCAGGUCUCAGCUCGGGCUUCCCGCUACGAGGGAGAAACGUGGCGGCAGCACCCUUGGGUGCUGUGAGCCGCCUUCUGCGGAAAGGGCGCGCGGGAGCGUUAGGAGAGGUCGCUUGUUUUUAUUUGCAGCGAGAUGCAAAUAACUGGAAUGAAAUCAGACUCGAAAGUGUCGGAGCUGGAGAGAUGACCCGGUCAGCUUGUGUGGCAAAAGUUGGGGAGUGUUUGGGUUCAGGAGGAGCCACGGAGUGACACGUAGUGUCCUGGAGAGAAGCAGCAGCGAAUUUAGAGGCGAUUGUGGACGUGGAGGAAACUGCUGUUGGUGAAUAUCCAGCACAGGCAAAUGCUCUCUGGGGUCAGAGCUCGUGGUGAUUAUAGGAAUGGCUCCCUUUCUAUUAUUUCCUUUUUUUUAAGUCUCUUAAACUAAGAUAAAUUAGGAAGGGGUGGAAACCCAGUCUGGGGUGAGGAGAGAGAGAGAGGGAGAAAACGAGCAGCGCGUGUAAAUAAACAGUCUUUGUUAUGUCUGUUCACAAUGGGGUCUCCCCCUGCUCUUAUCACUGGCACAGGUGCCUGCCUACCUUGAAAGACACAAUUAACAGUUGCUUUUGUGCGCGCGCGCGUGUGUGUUGCGAGUGCAAACAUGGUGGGAGUCAUCUCAGCGAGAUGGCAUCGCGUGUCCAUUCAGAUCAAACCACGGAGUAAAAUCUGGGGAAUCUCCCGUCAAAAGCAAAACUGAAUGCGAGGGAUAGGGAGCAGAUGUGCAUCUAUAGCAGUACAUCAUUCCCUAACCGGAAAUGCAUUUAUAGUAUAUUAAAAAGGAGGCGGGUUGUUGUUUUUAAUCCCAGGGAAGAAUUUACCUAGACCAAAACUUUUGCAACUUAAAAACAAAAGGGAACCAAAACAAAAAAAGGAAAGAAGCGAGUUUGCCCGAGCGAUCUCUGUCCUCGAAUUAUAUACAUUGACUCGAUUAAUAUCUCCCUGUCCAUUGGUAGGAGGCAGCUGCCAACCUUUUCCUGGGACGAAAUAUAACCACCCGCGUUCCCCCUGCCUGUCUCGAACCUGCUGCUGUUGUAUAAAAUGCAUCCCAUUACGUGCAUCUUUAAGGAAAACAACGCGGGGUGUCUUAAAAUUGUCUUCCCUUUCUGAUUCUGGCGUUCCCCGCAUAGAGUCCACUAAACAACCGAUGGCCCCCCGAAAUCCUAAUGGGAGGCUCGGGGAGAGACGGCGCAGGCUGCUUCUUCGGCCCACGCAGAGAUUUGUCAGGGAUUGGAGCCGGCUGGCUGCGGCUGUGCCGCCGCAGUCCGCUGCCCAUUCAAGCAGAUUCUCUCCAGAGAGGACUUUAAUAAAAUUGACAGAAUAGUUGUUUAACCAGCCGUGUGAAGCGGCCUGAAUCUCAGCCCCAGAAAAUUAGUUAAGCUGCUGCACCCGUGGUCCUUGUGCGGGUUAGUUGAUGUUCCGAUGAGUGAAUUAAUUAAAUAAGAGGCCCCAAUACACGCUCUCUCACACACGCGCGCGCAUGCCUUGCUCUCCUUCGUUUCCUUACUCGGAGUAGUCGGCUGCAGCGAUGCAUUUAAUAGCAACGCGACCUCAGAAAGCGCAGAUAGAGUUGCUAGCUAGCGGAGAGGGUUGCUUUUUUGCUUUUCCUUUUUUUAAAAAAGAAACUGGAGACGCGCUGCUCGCUCAAGGAAGAAGGACUCGAGAGAAAUGAGUUAAGGGCGAAGAAUUCACAGUUUUCACCCUCGUUACAACGAGGCACGGAGGGAGGCGGAAUCCGAUCUCGAGUAAAUGAUCCGGGGGAGUCUCUCCUGGGCAGUCGGGCGCCCUUGCUCCCUUUGCUGCUAGGAAGGAUCCAGGAACAACCCCACACUUCGUCCCCAAUUAAACCGCCGCAGAAAAGGCAACAUUUAAAACAGUGGCGGGGGCUCCUCUAUGUGCUGAAUUUGAAAGAAAGAUUUAGAGAGCUGAGUCGAAGCAGGGAAAAGAGACGAGGCGCAAGGCAAAAGCACAAAACAAAAGCCAUUCCUAAAAUCCCAAAUUUAGCCACGCUAGUGGCAGGCACUAAUAAUAAUGCAGGGGAUCUUAGGAGAAAGGGGAGGCAAGUUGCCUUUUGUGCAAAAGCCAUGAAAGAAUGGUAACGGGGAGGUGGAGAGGAGGAACGCGGCCGCUGGGAAUGUUGCCGCGUCGCUGUUUUUGAGCGAGUGUUUUUGCGCGCUUUUCGGCCUGCGAAGGAUGCGCGGCGGGGCGAGGCUCGCUCGGCGCGGGCGGUGGGCCGGCUGGCUCUCUCGCGGUGGGGAAGUGGCAGGAGCCGGCUGCAGGGUAACCUGACACGCGGGGCUUCAGGGGAGUUUCCUGGGCAGCCUUAGGGUCUCUCGCUCGCCAUAAAUCAAGCAGCUUGAUUAAUCUUUACAAUUUGUCUUUUAAAACAAACAAGGCGAAUUAUCAGCUCGUUAACUGCGAUUUUAUCACCUGUCUAAAACAAACAGCUUCCCUUAACACCCCCCUCGGAAAAAAGGGGGGAAACACCCGCAGCUUUGCUGAGUGCGGGAAAGGGCAAUAUUUAAAACGGUAGUUUGAACGCACAGCGCAUCAUUAUGCACGCAUUUAUGCCAGCAUUUCAGAGAGGUACAGGAGCGCAUCUAGGGGAGCAAACAAUGAAAUUACCUUUUUAUCCCACAAUGCCUCAGUGGAGGGUCUCGAUCUGGCCUCUGGGAUUUUGGAAAUUUGGAAAAUGUUUGCUCAUUUAUUAAUUAAAAACCUGCCCCAUCUACACACACACAUACACACACAUCCCAACACCCCUCUGAAACCUCGACAGGGCAGGCGGAGGCGGGGCGGGGAAGGCUCUCAGGUACAUCAAAAUGUGUCCAACUUUAUUCCCGAGUAACAAAAUCGAAGCUUUUCUUUCCGCCUCUUGUCACUGGGGCUGGGGAGUGAAAUAAUUCUGCAUGGUGCAUGUCACUUUAAAAUAUCGUUUUGUGGUAAAGGCAAAGCUAAUAUUAGAACAGGAGAAAAGGUUCAGAUCACAACCGAGGGCGGGGGGGGGAGCAAGCUGGUCUCUCCCUCCCUCGCUCCCUCCCUCCCGGCUGCCAGUCCUGGUGGAGCCGGAAGCCCUUCACAACGCGAUAUUGGGGGAAUAUCAUAUUUUCUAGCGCUGGCUUGACACUGAACCCCCCACGACCCCUUGACCUUCCUUUGAUUUGGGAAGGUCCCCUCCGCGUUCCAGGGCUGCUUCUGUGCUUGGAGGGAUCUCUCGCUGCUGCUGCUUCUCCUCUCUCCCCAGAAUUUUUACCUGGGGAAGGAAAACAGGAGACGGAGGAGAACCCGCGCUUCCUGGUUGCUGCUGUAUUAUUUAGAUUACGCACGCACUGUGUGCGUGUAGGAAAGGCUUUAGGUUUUGGUGAGAAACAGCGGCUUCUCUUGAAAACAAAACCACGCAAACAAAAAUGAAGCGGGUUGAAGAUCUGAAAAGGCCGGCAGCAUCUGGGAGCGGCCUGAUCGUGGCGCACACUCCUGGUGGAGAUGGGCUGCUUGCCCCGGUCACCUCUCGUCUCUCCGGGCGCACACUGAGCCUGAAGGACAUGGGGCGCCUCCCAGAGCUCACGUCUCGCUGUGCCAGGGUCUGUUCGCGGUGCGUGUGUGCUGGGGAGAAUGACAAAGGCAGUGGGUGGGUCGAUCCGCCUUGGCUCCCUGACAAGCCCACCAUCUCAGCCCACCCUCCGGCCACAGGAGCAGAGCGGGAGGAGCCGUGCUGCCCGGGCCGGCUGCCCCCACUUCUCCUCUUUCUUACCCGGAUCGCCAUGGCUCCCCUCCUGCUUUGGAAGAGGGUGGGCUGGGGGUCUCUCUCUCCCCGUCUCUCUCCUCGCAACUAAGCUGAAGAGGAAGCCGAGGACUCCGGGAAGGCAUCCGGGAGAAAACAAAGACCAAACGAGCGAGAGAAGCAGCGCAAGCUGGAGGGCGGAAAAAGGGGCAUUGCAAGAGAGCAUCGUCCUAACCUCCAGGGCCCACGGGCUGGGAUGGGAUCCCCGCCGGAGCCGACGCAAAGAGGGGGCAGCAGGGAGAAGGAGAGGGGGGAGAGAGGGCUCUGGGCUGCGCCUUCCCGCCCGCCUUGUUUGGGAAUCUGGAAUUGUUUUGUCUGGCUCGGAAGGUGACAGGGAGGCGAGGGCCGGGGGGAGAGAAGGAGACGGGCGCAGGAGGGUGCCUCCAGCUCCCCGGAGAGCCCGCGGAGGCUUGGAGGGGGGCAACGAGGGGCUGAGCAGGGUGGGCUCUGCCCACCCCCUUUGGGGUAUAUUAUUAAAAAGUUCAUUUCCUGGCGAAUUUGGCAGCGGCGGGUGACGUCAGAGCCCCGGCGUCUCGGCGACGGCCCGCCUGGCUGGGGAGAAGGAGCCUCCUCUGGCCCAAUUACGGGCUGUCAAUCUUCCCCUCCCCCGCCCUUCAGGAAAGUGGCCUGGCCUCCCCCUCCCCCUUCAUAUGGGGCGGGGGAGCAAGGAGAGGAGGCAGAGAAGCCACCCACCCACCCAGAUCCCCACCGAGGGUGCUGCAUCUGACCUCCGUGCCAUUUCGCUCCCCUUCUUCGCCUGUAAGGUGAGGAGGAGGCGGAAUUGUCCCCCCAACUAGGAUGCUGCGAGCGCGUCUCUUUCUCCCUAACCCACCCUAACAGGUAUUCACGCUCUGUGCUGUCAUUUGCACCCGCCAACAACCCACGAAGAGCGAUGAUGCUAUUUGAUCGCGCGCACACCAAAGUCUUGCUUUGACGCUGGAAAUUCAAUUUAUAUCUCCAGCACUCUAGGAAUGACAGUCUGCUCAUUAUUUUUCAUCUCCUCCCUCUCCUCACACAGCGCAUAAGGUAUAUAGUUCCUUGGGCUGGAAUGUGUGCGUACGUGGCAGUAUUGUCUUAUAAGUUGGUGCCAACACCAAUUCCAAAAAAUCCCUAUUAGGGCAAUCCCUUUAUUAGGCUAACCAGAGCGUCACAAAACAAGGUGCAGACUUUCUUGUCCCCCAGAACUCUUGCCAUUUAGCCUGAUGAAGAGUUCUGAAGCACCCUAAAGCUUGCUUAUUGUUUUGUCUAGCAUUUUGGUUGGCCUAGCAAGGGCAUUGUCCUAAUAUGGAUUUUAGAUUAUGGGCCAACAAAGCUACCUUCACUUCUUUUUCAAGAGCACCUAGAAGUGUAUUUAGAAUUCUGGUCGUAUACAAGGCAGAUGUGGUUCAGGUGGUAUUUUUGAUUGCAUCAAGCAUGUAUGCAGCGCAGCACCUUUUCCAGUUUUACAGAACCUUUUGAAAGAAAACAAUGUGGGUGGGUGGGGGUUCUGCGCAGCUCUAAAGCUUGCACUUUUUUGUUAGCAAAAUAAAUAGGUAUGUUAUCACUUGAAACUUUGGGGAACGUUCUUAUUUGUCUUCCUGUUUCACCUACACUGUUUGCACAUUAUAAAUAGGGAUCCUUCACAAGCCACAAUGACACACACAAACGAUGCCCUCCUGUCUAUGCUUACAGUACCUGGCUUUACAAGUGGAUCACAAUUCCUCCAAGAUGCUCAGCCAACUGAAGUGCCAUCAUCUAUUCUGUUCUGUGGCCUGGAUCCCGGGAAGUGUCAGGAGAAGCAAAACAACAACAAACACCUGGAACAUAAUAGCACCUGGGUCAGUCACAGAGGCACUCCUAUAUUUUCCAUCCCAGUAAAUUUCAAUUUUGGAACUGGAAAGAAGGUCUUUCCUUCCCUCUGACUCACAUUUGGUUGAUUGCAUCCAUUCUUCCAUUAAAUGGCAUGAUUUCAUUUUUAUUUUUAAAUUUCUCUCUCUGUUUGUGUGUGUGUAUAUAUAUAUAUAUAUAUAUAUAUACAUAUACAUAUACUGGAGACAGUAUUAUACCUUGUGGAAGGGGAGAAUAGGGACAUUUGGUUCCAUUACCUUAGUUAAUUAAACAAACAAACAGCCGCCCUACCCUCACAACCAGGUACUUUAAGAGAAAGGAAAACUCCCAUAUCUUAAGUUCUUCUUGGCUAAGGUUUUCCUAAGGUGCAGGUAGCUGGAGACAGAGUCUUCAAAAUGUGAUGACUGAAUUAACGCCAUGAAUGAAAAGUCCUGUUGACUUGUUCCUAUAGCCUCAGAACAGGGGCUUGAUAGGCAAGGGUCCACCUGGAGGAAGAGACGCUCCCCACCAGAGGCGGAAGAGCCCAUGCUGCUGAACACCUGGAGAGGCUCCUUCAGCCUUGGUGGUGUCCUUAGCAAGGGCUUGUAACUGGCUCCAUUCUCCUGCCGACUUCUCUAACUCUUUGCAGGGACACAGAGCCCAUUUGGGGAAAGGGGGAGUUUCUUCCCCCAACUCUACCUUGGGGGCUUGUCGUUUCCAAGAGGGGCUAAUGCCCAGUGACAGCUGAACAGCUCAGGGUGUCAAAGGAAGGAAGAUCUUCUGGGCGUUUGAAAUAAACCAGCCUUGCCUUGUUGACGGGGAACAUUAGUCAAAGGGGGUUGCUUUUAUUUCCAUCCCUUCCGAAUACUAUAAGAUAGAUUUAGCAGCGUUUGGGGCGGUGGUAACAAAACGGCGUUUCGAGGUGGGUUUAUAAUGUUUCCUUUUUACGACUAAGGCUGCGAUCCCGCGCACCUAGGAUAACACAGUGGGCUCUGCGUAAACGUGCUUUAAGAUUGUGGACACUAACCUCUCUCACCUAAGAAUCUGAGGUGAAUUUAGGACCAAAUUUGUCCUAAAUAUAUCCAUCCAAGGGGGCUGACCUGUAUUACGUGACUAAGGUAAAAAGUACGCAAGGGCCUAAAGAGAAAAAUAAAUGAAGUGUCUUUGGGUGUCUUUGAGAAAUACUUCUUUCCCCCCAUACCCAACCUCCACCCCUCAAAAAAAGUGACAUUAGAGGUGAAUAAUCGUUUGAGGAGACUGGAAAGAAGAGGCGGGAUGCCCAUUCGCGGGUUCCAUUGUCAGCCUGCGCGUUUGUGUGCGUGCGCGUUAUUAAAGACCCAGAGAUGAAAGUGCCUUGACUUUGUAGAAAAGUUUCUCAUUAACUGCGUCUUAAAACUGAGAAGGAAAAUGACGCCUCUGCUGUUCCAGAACUGAUGCAGGCUGGACAGGCUGCUGUACCUUCCGUCCAAAUACGAAGAGAAUUUUUGGCUAAAUUACGGGAGCGCGUCGUGUCUCCCAUCCUUCCCCACCCCCAUUCUGCAGAAAGGGCUGGGUCUGGGUCAGGGGUUGAGGAUCGGUGAGGUCUCUUAGCAUCCGUGCAAGCGCUUUGGUAGUCCUGGGCGGCUGUGAAGAGGAACGAAUAAGGAAGAAGGUCGAAGGACAAAAUAACAAUGCGAGAAUCCACCGGAGUGAAAGCAGACCGCUUGGGUGUUGAGCAAAAGGGCAGGAAGGGUGGCUGCUUAGCAAGCCUGGCCCUCGACGCAGCGGUUGGCCAAGAGUUUAGGAAAGUUUAAGACGCGGCGCUUGCCUGCCCUGCAACCGGAGUCGCCAUCUCUCCUGGCCGCUCUAGUUUGUAUCUGGACGCGUGCGCCCGAUCCAUACCUGGGGGGGGGGGGGCUGUCGUGGAAAGGAUCACACAGGGCAGCAAUAUAGUAUUAGGGGGGGUCCGGAGGGCGGAGGGAAGGGGGCGAGCUUGGCUUUCAGAACUUCCUUUAUCUGGUCGGUUAAAUUCGACGGCGAUCCUGGCCUGAUUGUGCAAUGCGCAACGAAGAGCCAGAAAUCACAGGCGGCAACUACAGCCCAUGGUCGCUUCGGCUUCAGGCUCUGGGAGGAAAUGCAGGCCGAGAAUGCGCGCAGCAGAGUCGGGAGGGCUUACUUCCGAGUAGGCACGCUUCACCAAACUGAAGCGGGGUAGGGGGAGAGUCGGGACUGCAUUCGUAGGGACGGGGGGGUAAACCCCAAAGAGAGAGUGUGUGUGGUGUUCCCACCUUAUCUUCGAUGCCGUCAUCUGCACCCCCGCCCGCAGAUCAAAUAUUUGGAGAGACGUCACUUGUCUAUAAACCUCCUUCUUUACCUGCAAGAGCAGCAAGAGGGGUCUGGGGCGGGCUCCUGUUGGAGUAGCGAACUCGAGGAGACAAAGUUGGUGAGUGUGUUUCUAAUCUAACGCCUCCAUUUAUUCCUUCACCAGGCUUGGCUAGUUAUGGCAAUUGCAGUGGGCUGGCUUGUUUUCCUGCAACCAGCCAGGUCAUUCUCUGGUGUGUUGUGUGUGUUUCCCCCAGAUCAGAGACACAGGUGUCUGCCUCAAAUGACACAAGUGAACCGAUGCUAAGGCGUGCGCGCGUGUCACCGCAACAACGGGGCAUUUACCUGUCCAUCAAUUUAAAACAAGCUGGGGAGCGAGUCUCAAAUCCGGCGAGGGGUGGGGAAAUAUCUCUUCAAAAGCAGGGUGGCAGAGGGAAAGGGGUUGUAUCUAUAAAGUAAGCAUUUUUUUAAAAAAUCUACCUUAUUAUGAAAAUAGCCUUACUCCCGAAAACAGAUUUAGGGAGAUCAAAACUUUUACCGCACAAAAGGCAUGACUAUAUUUAAGAGUAUUCUGCUCGGAGAGAAAUCCGCAAGAAUAUCUCUCUUAUCUAGACGCCGUCCAUGGCAUUGAGAGUUUUCUAGAAACUAGAGACACGCAGCUCGCUCAAGGAAGAAGGAGUCGAGAGAAACGAGUUAAGGGCGAAGAAUUCACAGCUUUCACCCUCGUUACAACGAGGCACGGAGGGAGGCGGAAUCCGAUCUCGAGUAAGUGAUCCGGGGGAGUCUCUCCUGGGCAGUCGGGCGCCCUUGCUCCCUUCGCUGCUAGCAAGGAUCCAGGAACAACCCCACACUUCGUUCCCAAUUAAACCGCCGCAGAAAAGGCAACAUUUAAAAUAGUGGCAGGGGAGAGGAGAGGUUUUAUUAGGCUCCUCUAUGUGCUGGAUUUGAAAGAAAGAUUUAGAGUUCUGAUUCGGAGCAGGGAAGAAACGAGCCACAAGAGCAGCAGCGUCUUUAGCAAAAAUUGCGAAUAUUAAAACUCUUAAGGUUAGUCAGGCUGGCGAUGGGCAACAACAACAACAACGCGCUUAAUCUGAGGAAAGGGAAGGCAGCUAGCGCUCGUAGAACUCGUGUGCAAAAGCAAAGUCCCUUGAAAUGUUGCUGCUGCUGUUUUUAUUAAUGCGGAAUGGUGGACGGAAGAAUGUAUCCACUGAAUAGUUUGUCUUCUAAGUCGUGGGCUUGAUUUGGAUGGUUUCUUUCCUUUUAGAAAUGUUUUUGCUUGUGAGGGGGGCGUUCUUUCAGUCUGCAAUCAAUGUUUUCUGGGGGUGAUUGGAUAAUUUUCCUUUUCAAUUUUUACUUUUUGCUGGGUUUCAAAUGGGGAGUGAGAGUUGCGGAGCCAGCGGCUAGUUCUCUCCAGCCACCCACCUCGCCUGUGGCAGGAGCUGUUUCAAGCAGCAGGCUCGAAAGCUUCGGGGGCUUCAAACUAACAGAAAGCGUUUAUUAAAAAGUUUUGGAAAGCCCAAGCAGUAGCAUAGUCAUGGUUUUUACAUUCAGGGAGUUAAAAGCAUAUCAGUAUUUUGAACAUGAUUGAGAGAUGGUCCUGUUACAUCGUUUCAAUGCCCCAUAAGGAAUGAAAAGAGUAUACAAUAACCUAUGUGGUUUGCCUGGAUUUUCCUGGAAUUGUAAAUGUCCAAUAGUUAUAUUGGACACAAAGGGUUCUAAAUAUGGCCUUGGUUUGGGUGAGAUUUUUCAGGCGAUUACCUAGGAAGACUCAUGACUUCCAUGCAAAACCAGUGCUUUUGUAUUCCUGCUUUAACCUAAAUAUCAGAUUUAAGAAAAUCCAGAGAGGUAGGAGGCUAUUGUAAUGAUCUGGCAGCUAUAUUAUCACUAAAUUAUACUUCUACCCAGAAUUAUUUCCAAAUUGCCAUGCCCGUGGAGUAUUAAUAUAAUUAAUUCACUUCUACUAAAAUUAUUUACUAUUUUAAACGAAGAUUUUAAACUGAUGUUAAAAGUGUGACUUGGGAAACGUAUUUCUGUUUUUUUAUAUAUAAAAAAAUGCAGGUUGGGUAUUGGUUUUGUUCAUUUAUGAAAUGGUGAACAAAACAUGCUGCCUGAGAAAAAUGGCAUAUCGACUACGAUCCUGAAUGUACUUACUGCUAAGAAGUUAAAUCAGCUCGGGGGGCUGAUCUACUGUGAAGUGAAUGGACUGAGCACUGAAGUUAUGAGGAAAUGACAAUUAUGUAAUAAUAGAACCAAAACACUGAACUACAGUGGAAAGAAAUAAGGCAUGUAGUUAGAAAUAAAAUCAUUGCCGAUUUUAAAUACGUUUGGAUUCAAAUUCGCUGGUACAUUAACAGCCACUUCAGUUUUAUUUGAGGUACUGCUGGUUUACUCUGCAUGUGCCUGGGAUCCAACCCACCUAACACUACUCUAAUUACAACUGAAUCAGCUUGAACAAAACAAAACAAAUGCAGGCAAUUGUUGCCCUUGUUUUAAAAUGAUGGGAAACCGGACUGUGGGCCUUGAGAAAUAGGGGGUGGGUUUCCUAAAGCUGACCAUAUUUCGUGAUCCCAUGUCCCUGCCUACUCUGCUUUUAAGUACUUCUCUCUCCCCCACCCCCUUUCUCCCUAUGUUAUUUAGUGCCGUGUAGAUUCCCAAAUCCUAGGUAAGGAGCAUGCUUUACGCUGAGUAAAGUAUACACUUUGCAACAAGAAGAAAGCGCGAUCUCUGAGAGAUAAGGAGCUUGCUUAAUAAUGGGAAAGCUGGAAUGGGGCGAAGCGAGAAGUUAUGGGAGAGGUGGGGGGCAGCAAAAGUCUAAAAAGCAAUGGAGGAGUGGAAUGGCGCGUGGGGUGGGGGGGGGGAGGGAGUCUUUGGCGGGUUCAGCGCUUUUUAGCUGUUUGGAGUAAAUGAGGGGAAUGUGGAUUUCCCGGGGCCAAUCGCAAGGCUCGGCUGAGCGCCUGGCUGCUGAUUGGCUGGUUCUUAGCCUGCGCGUCGCCCCUAGUUCAUGUCUACUGAACUGAGUCCAGCUGGCGCCAGAGCUGACAUAGGAUGCUUUGGGGAUGUUACAAAAAAGGCCAGAAUAAGUGGAGCUUGCCAUCUGAGUAAGAGCUUCUAUCCAAGCCUCCUCUCUCUCUCUUCGCUCUCCUUCGCCUCUCCCUCGCUCACUCUUUUCUGCAUUUCCAUCCUCCAAACAAUCAUCUCCCCUCCCCCCCCUUAACAGCCUCAUAAAGAAACUUUUCAAACAUUUGGAGUUAGAUUCAGUCUGCUUGGAAUUUCUCUCUGUAAGUAUGUUUGUUAGUGGAGCCGAGAGGGUGGGCGGGGGGAGGAAAAGGAGACUGCGCUUAUUUUGCAGGAGAAAACGCGUUCGAAUCGCUGUUUUUUGUUUUUGUUUUUAAAGCACUCAUCACUCCGAGUUUUCUUUUCUUUUAUCUCAGUUUGAACUACAAACAAACGCAGACCAAAGGGCUCUCUUCUUUUCCCCUUUUCUUACAGUUCGUCGCUUAUUGACAACUGUAGAAAAGUAGAUACUAUUUUUUUUUUGUACAGCGGAACAUUAAAAACAAAUGUUUUGAUGUUAGCCUGGGGACGGUGUGGAAGAAUGAAUAUUUUUGAACUGGGAGGGGGUGGCGGCUACAGACUGUGAUGGUCAAAAUAAGGACCCUCCUUCGCUCCCCUCUCUUCCCUCCCCCCACCUCCAUCCCGUGAUUCAGAGGACAAUUUUUACAGGACUGUGUCUGCCGGAAUCUAACGCGUACUCUUUGGAGCACAUCUUCAAAAGGCACGUAAGGUACUAACCGUUCCUUCCUUCCUUACAGGUGGUGAUCCCAGGUGUGUGGCAGGAGCCUCUCUCCGCAACUUCCCUGUUUAAAAGAGGGACACACGGUUACCUUUGUCUGCCUUCCGAGAUCAACCUAGCUCUCUACUGUUUCUAAACCAAAACGGUUUUGGGUUGGAGGGAGGGUUUUAGGGGGGGAGUGGGGGAGAAGCCCACAGGAAUGGAGGUAGCCACGGACCAGCCGCGCUGGAUGGCCCAUCACGCCGUACUGAACGGGCAGCACCCGGAGAGCCAUCACCCGGGACUGGCUCAUAACUAUAUGGAACCAGCGCAGCUCCUACCUCCGGACGAAGUGGAUGUCUUCUUCAAUCAUCUGGACUCCCAAGGCAACCCGUACUAUGCCAACUCGGCCCAUGCCAGAGCCAGAGUUUCCUACAGCCAGGCGCACGGUAAAUCCCCCCCCCCCGCUUGCUCCUUCCUCCCUCCACCCCCGGCCUCCCAGCUCUUCUUGCUUUCUGUUUCUGCCUCGGGCUCCUGCUGAUCUUCAUGGAGAUGCGACUGGGAGGUUUCUGGCAAAGGCGCAAUGGUAGAUGAGGGCGAUCGGGUUGGGUUUAAUCCUAGAAAAAGGUUGGCGUGCCCUUUUUUUUUUAAAGGGGGGGGGGGAAUAGGAAAGGGAAGCGGCGUCUUCGCGUUGGGAGAGGGGGAAGGGGCUUGUUAACUACAGAUAUACAGUACUAUACUUCGCAGGCACAAGACCGGGCCAUUUCCCGGAUAUGAAAUCUAAUCCUAUUUGAAAUGCUUUUGGAUCAGCAUGCAUAUAAAGGCGGGGUCGGGGAAAGAUGAGAUGACGCGCACCUUUUUCAUGUGUGUGGAGAAAACUUUAAAAAGCAUUGCAGUCACUGGGAGAAAAAAUCCUCCCAAAACCACCACCACCAACAAAAACAACUCGUUCUGCUUAAUAGAGCUCUGUUGGGAGGUGUGCGUGUUGCUUUUAAGACUAGGAAAGGCCCAACUCCUUGACACAUCCACCCACCCUGCCCUCUCCUCGUGUACUUUUAACGGUGGGGCCUUGCUCCCAUACCCGAAGUAGUUCUGCUGCUCGAUUGCAGGAGGGAAGAUCGCCUGCCUGGCGGUUGCUAAAAUUCAUUUGACCUGAGCAAAGAGUGGAGGAGCUGUGGGGUACCUUCCUAUCUGGAUCUCCCCCCCCCCAAAAAAAACCUGUUCCAAAGCACGGGAUCCAGCAUGCGGGCACUUUACUCCUGAAUCCCCACUGAUUUCCGAAAGAAGCCCCAAGUGUCCUUUUUCUUGCUGCUCACUGUUGAUUCUGCAAGUUUUUAUUUUAUUUUGGGUAGGCGGCCUCGUUUGCGCUCCUUUAACGAGCUUUUGACCCUCCUCUGGGAGUCAAAAGCGCGUUUGCCUUGGAAUGGGAGUUGAAUCAUGGCUGCUUGGAGGGGCUGGUAUACUAAUGUGCAUGGCGUAGAUUCCGGGCGAAGGCAAGGCUGACUCCAUUUUGUGGCUCGAGUAGGGGCAAGGCCAAAGGGUGUGCUAUCUUCCUUGCACACAAGGCCUCGCCUAGGCGCAGCGGGGUGCGGGGGUCGGCAUGUGGGUGGCCGGGAGAGAAAAGCGCCCAUAGGCCUCCCCAUACCGUCUGACUGACUGCCGCCCUUUCCCUGCCCGCAGCCCGCCUCACCGGGAGCCAAAUGUGCCGGCCUCACUUGCUCCACAGCCCCGGCCUGCCCUGGCUGGACAGCAGCAAAGCGGCUCUGUCGGCGGCGCACCAUCACAACCCGUGGACGGUGAACCCUUUCACCAAGGGGCCCUUGCACCCUUCGGCGGCCGGCGCGCCGCCCGGCGCCAUCUCGGUGUACCCCGGCGGCGGCAGCUCGGCGUCGAGCGCGGCCUCCGCCUCGUCGCUCACGCCGGCCUCGCACUCGGGCUCGCACCUCUUCGGCUUCCCGCCCACGCCGCCCAAGGAAGUCUCCCCGGACCCCAACGCCGGCAGCAGCGCCGCCUCGCCCGCCUCGGCCUCGGCCGGCCGGCAAGACGACAAGGAGCCGCUCAAGUACCAGGUGUCCCUGGCCGACGGCAUGAAGAUGGAGAGCGCCAGCCCGCUGCGCAGCAGCCUCGCCGCCUCCAUGGGCGCGCAGCCCUCCACGCACCACCCCAUCCCCACCUACCCUUCCUACGUGCCCGCUGCCCACGACUACGGCGGCAGCCUCUUCCACCCGGGGAGCUUCCUCGGGGGGCCCGCCUCCAGCUUCACCCCCAAGCAGAGGAGCAAAGCCCGGUCCUGCUCAGGUAAGCCCCUUGUCCGCCCCACCCUCUUCUCACAGAAUAAUGAUAAGAAUAAGAAUAAAUAAUGCACCCCUUUAGGAAGGGAAAAUGGGUCGGUGGGGCUGCAUGUGCAUGGAUGGGGGUGGAAGAGGAGGCAGCCCGUAUGAGUGUUUGCUCAACUUUAUGUCUUGUGUAUAUUCUCAAAAGAGGAUUUCUAAUGCUCCUGCCUUACUCCGAGAUAAGAACUGGAAACUGCUACCCUGGCCGCUGCUAAUUAACAACUUAUAGCAAUAACUAUACAUAUUUAAAAUGCGGCCAAAGGAUUCCGAGGUGACUUGAGGCCUCCUGUCUGAAAUUCAGUGCUUGGGAUUGAGGCAAUUCAUGUCAUCCACCAGAUCAGAGUUCAGAGAUUUUGCGAUAGUGGAUAGAAGAAAAAAAUGAAAACAAGUGCUUAAAAAUAAGGCUUUUGUGUAUUUUGCGGGGUGGUUUUCUCAGUACAAAUUGCAAAGACCAAAGCACCCACAUUGAACUAACUAUUUAAAUAGUAGCAGUUACCAAAAAAAAAAAAAAAAGUUGAAUGGAUGCUGGAAGUUCUGGGCCACUUACAUUCACAUCCAGUUUAUUAAUUCAGUUUAAAUUUACUGCUCCUUUGGUUUUGUAAUUGCAAUAAUCAAGGCAGAUUAGAAUUGCUGUUGGUGUAUUAACAUAUACUGAAAACUGGAACAAUUGUUUUUUAUUUUAAAACUCUUUAAGCACCUUGAUCUUGUGCAAAAAGAGUGGCUAAAUGGGUUAAAGUGUAGGUAAAUAAUCUGGAUUAAGUGAUUCUGUGUUUCAUAGGACAUGUUUUAAAAUGCCCCGCUUCAACCUGAAUGGAUUCCCCUUGCUCAGUUUUAGUGAGAAAGUGUAACCAAAUUGAACUUACUCAUACAUUUUAUGAGGAUGGGGGAGCAGCUUGGAACAGCAGGGGCAUCUCUAGCUUUCAAAAGUUUAGUUUGUUAUUGCUAAUUGGUUGUAGGCAAGCUGUCUCUCCCUUCAAGUUCCUGCCGCUGGUCUCUGCAGCAUUCGGUCACCGCUGGGCCCAAGGGAUGCAGUAAUCCGUUAAAAAACCCCCACAAAACUGGCAGAUCUGAAUUAUGCAAAUAAGGGUUUAUAUUGGAAAAUCUCUUAAAGCAGCAAUAUAAAGGCCUAGGCCAGCUGUAUUCACUGGAAAUGUCUGGCAAGAUCCUGUAUUCCCUUGCCUCUUUUUGCGGGAUCUCUACUAAGUUGCUUUUGUUAACUUGUGAUAAAAGUUCAUCUUUAUUAAGCAGUACAUUUUGCAAAGAACUAGCUGUUCAGGCUUGAAAUUUACAAGGCCAUUUUCUUAAAACUUCCAGAGGGCCUGAUUUCCUUCAGAUCAUACAAGGAGCAAAAGUUCAAAUAUAGUUUACAUACCAAUGCUGGCUACUAAGGUACCUUGUAAAUACUAAUUUAAAUGAAUUCAAUAAAACGGGGGGAGGGAAAUAAGUGCCACUUAUCAUGUUAACUCCAGCUCAUCCCUGUUUGUUAAAACAAGCAACUUAAAAAAAAAUCCCAUCUGUCAUCACAUAUAAAAUCUUUAAGCCAAAGAGACUCUCUUAACCUCUCUUUCUUUAAAAGUGUACUGUUUAAUGAAUAAUAUUCUCAUGGAUACAAAAGCUAAUAAUUAAUGUUCAUAUUGCUUCAUUUAUAUUUUUUGCUUUCAAACCUUACCAGGUCAUAGUAAAUACAUAUGGAGUUUAAUGCGGCCAAAAAUAAAAAAUAAAACAGGAUAUAUAUGUCUAUACACACAUCUCUUUUCAAAGUGGCUAGUAAUUCAGAAACAUGAUCUCUUUUAUGAGCAUUGCAACCCAAAUAUCACAUGUUUUUACUCCUUCAGGAUCUCCACUUCAAAUUGCUCCCUUUCAAGAGCGAGAGAAUUCACAUUUUCCCCAGGACCCGAGAUAGAUUACUGUCUCCAGUACAUAGAAACAGAAUGCAAUUUUUAAAAUAUCCCACACCACUGUUACUUUUCUAAAGUGCUCCAAACUAGAUAAAACAGUCACCUUGGAAAAUUAGGUCUCAGCCCCUCCUCCCCUGCUCUCUCAGCACAAGGCUUUUUAUUAGAUGUGAGUUUUCCUAAGUGUUGUAAUGGAGACCCUGUCCUGUAGAUGGAAGUGGGGAGAGUUCGUGACCAUUUAAUGUUUUUGUAGAAAAACCAAGACUCACGACAAGGCGACUCCUGCAGCUUCCUGCUCAAGGAGGGACAAAAGCGAGGAACUCAGCUUCACAGAGUUCCCUCAUUUUUCACUCCAGCCUGUACUGUUUAAAAACCACCCACUCCAUAGAUUAAAGGAGACAUAGAUGCAGCAGAACUCAGCCUGCUCGAGUUACUGGCCAAAGUGUAUUUCCUCUGCAUUAAAUACUGUAUGAUUUGCAUAAACUGUGCUAAAAGAAUUUCCUCUAUUAACUAGACUUUUUCACAGAAAAAUGAACUUUUAGUAAAUAUCCUCCCCCCCCCCCUCUUUUUUUUUUUAGAGGAACAAGCAUGUACAUAGCAGAAUCUUUCAAGUUAGGUCAAUCCUUAAACGUAUAGCCAGUGAAUAUUUAUGUAUGAUAUGAACAAGCCAGCAACAAAGAGCAUACUCAAUCAAUCAGAACUUCCUUAUGAAAUUGUAAACCGCAGGCUCAAAAAGUUAAAUGUAUACUCAUUUAAAGAAUAGAUUUCAAGCUGUUUUCCCUCCCAUAUAUUGAAAACCCUUAUUGAACUAUUUCAGAUCUUUGUCCACUUUCAAACUCUGCUUAAUUCCAGAGAGAGUAGUAUUCACAGGAAAAACAGUUUGGAUCUGCUGGUGGUGGGAGAGUUGCCAUUCUGUUUAGAUAACUAUGCUAACUCGGCAAUGCAAUCCAUACAAUUGUUGAUGUUCCUACUUUGCUUUUCUUGGGAGCUUUUUUUGUGGGGGGGGGAGUGAGGGGAGGAAAGAACAGUCCCAAAUAUGCUGUGGCCAUAGAGCUGCAUUAGACUGGAGAAGCAAAGCAGGACAUUUUCUGCCACAUUGUGAUUGAUACCAAUGCAAGUUCUACUAAAUAUAAUUGCUUUCUGAUCGCUGUGUACGAAAUUGAUGCUUGAAAUUUGUGCAACUCUCCUGGAUUUAGACCUUUAUUGCAUGCAGUGUAGAUGUUGCCAUUCAUGUCUCUCUCUUGUUUUCCUUCCCUCUGUUUUGAAUAAUGUGCUGUUUUGAUUUCUGGAAUCUGCCUAAAAGGACAAUGCAAAAAGCUUUUGUGAAUUUGUUUUUAAAGAAAGAAAUCCGGUUUCUUCGUGUUUCCAUUUAGAAGGCAGAGAGUGUGUCAACUGUGGAGCUACUGCCACCCCUCUCUGGAGAAGAGACGGUACUGGGCAUUACCUGUGUAACGCCUGUGGGCUCUACCACAAAAUGAACGGUCAAAACCGACCUCUCAUUAAACCUAAACGGAGACUGGUAGGUGUCUAUUUCUCUCUACCAGCUUUGAGGCUAAAAUGAUUUAAUGGGACCACACACACAUACACAACAUGCGUGUAUGGUGACGAGACGGCAACUUGACCCAUCUCUGUGUGCUUCAGAGCCUGUAUGGGAUCUAGAUAUUGCACUGCACACGAGACCCAUGUCACUCAGCGGUCACGGUGUCGCUUAGAGACAUACUUUCUUUUUUGCAGGGGGUCCUGCCCGCAGAACUUUGCAUGCCAAGUUACAGAACAAUAGCAAUUUUGUUUGUGGAUAUACAUCACACAUUUAGUAUUUGAGCGGCUCCCCCCCCAUCCAUUGUUUUAUUGUAGCUCUUAAAUCGAUCCUGUAAGGUAGGUUAGUGCUAUUAUUUCCAUUGUGCAGGGGUAAGGACUGAGGCCGAGAGAGGGUGGGUUCCCUAAGGCUACAGAGUUGAGUUCACUGCAGAGGUGAGAUUCAAACUCUGAAGCUGCCGAUUUGUAGCUCAAAGACACUAGCCAGUGUGAAACCACCAGCUCACCUUCUCCUGUUCUGUCUGUAUUUUCUCUAAAGCUCUGGCUGUUGAAAGGUGUGUAGCCAAUUGUGCUUGCCUGUUUGUUCCUGUGGCUGCAUUCUGUCCCUUUUAUCCAGAAAGGACAGCUUUAAUUCAUUUGACCUCUUGGACAGUUCAGAAGUAGGCUGGAACUGAAAGUGUUAGUCAUGUAUGCCCUUCCAGCCCAAAAGUCCAAAAAGAGAUCCAAAGCAGAAAGUGUAAAGGGGAGAAAAAGAGAGAUUGGGAAAUCAGAUACGUCAAAGUUGUUGCUAUCUGCUCAGUAAUUAUUUUGAUAAAGUAAUUUUUGUACUCAGAGAUUCCAUGGCAAAACUAACAUUAGCUCUCUCUUUCUCUUUUCUCUCUCUCUCUUUGGGCAAUUCUCUAAUUGCCUUUUUAAAAGAACUGAUUAUUUUUCCAUGGAGUCACCUAUACUGUGUAUUUUCAUUUGAGUGAUUAAAAAAAAAAAUUCUAGGCUCCUGGUAGUAGUUUCCUAUCCGGAUAUCUGUACUCUGAAGAUAAGGAAACUUUGUGUAUCUGUUUCCUGACUCUAAAAGCUUUAAAGAGUUUCUAUAGACAAGCCAUGCCAGUCAGGCUGUCUGUUUUGAAAUUGCGAAUAUGCUCCACUCUACAAAUGCUUGUAAAAAAAAUAUGCUAAGAAUAAUAAAUAUUUUUCUUUUUUGGAGCAAUGUGGUUUGUGGAGUUGGGUGGAGGUCCUAAAACUCCCUCAGCAUUCGGGGGGGGGGGGUGUUUUUUGCCACAGCAAGAACUAGGAGGAGACUGAAGGAGCGGCUCUAGUAAUCUAAAGCUAGGAUGGGCUACUGUGGGGGUCGGCUGUGAGUCAGAAUUUCAACAGGGCGAGCUUCUUAAUAGGCUUGCUUUCCUUCUGAAGUGAGUGACACGUCUAGAAAAAUGUUAAGACAACAGUGUAACAUUAUCGUCUCUCGCAGGCUAAACUCCAUGCCAGACUAAAUGGGACAGGCCAUAGAGUUAAGCGGCAGAGUCUAGUAUCAAUAAACUAUCUCAAAUAUGCAAACAUAGCUCUCUGCUUUCAAAUGUUUGGUGGGAGACUGCAAGUCCUUAACUCACUGCAAGUUUCUGGAGUUUGUGUUACUAUAUAUUUUUUAUUUGUUAGAUCAAGGAGUGAGCCAGGGCAAUCCAAAUUCUAAGUACUUUCCAAUAUUAUAAACAAUCGGUGUUGAAAAAUCACCACUGUUGUCCCCGAACAAUGAUAUUAAUUUUAAAAUACUGCACCACCAUUUUUUUACCCACUGAGACCUCCAAAAAGCGUUGCAAAAUUUGGAAGUCUGGAUAAAAGAUGAAAAUGUUUAUAAACUGUGCCAGAAAGCUGUAGCUGUAUAAGAGAUAAGAAAUAAUCUUGAUCCAGUGAUAGGGAUCUAAACAUUGCUCGGCUGCAAUGAAAGCAUGAUGGGGCGGGGAAGGCUAGCUUCAAUCAUUCAGCCUGAACAUCUAGCUCUAUUUAAGGGUGUUGUUGUGUUUUUUUGGGAAGGGGGGUCUCUCAGUGCUCGCAGGCCAAUAGCAGAUUAGUGCUGUGAUGUGCUUUUGAGUGAAGCCCUUCAUAACACAAAUGAUAGGCAGAGUAGGAACACAAGAAAGCGCAGGACUCAGUUUGAGAGCCUUUGCCACUAUUCCCUCACCCCAUCUUAUCAUCCAGAAGUCCCUUACAGUGCUGGGGCCUCAGUGGGGGACGGGAACACCUAAGCUAUUCCCCAGGCAUCCCCUUUCCCCAGCUCUGGUCCUACUUGAACUGAUCACAGCUGUGAGAAGCUUCUACUCACCAGACUUCACCGCUCUGAGAACCAGGGGCAGUUACGUGUCCUUCUUUUGCACUCCUAGUUCUUUGAAUAGGACUCAGUAAACUUGGAAUAAGUUGGGAGGGGGCCUUAGUCCAGUGGCAGAGUAUGUAUGUGCUUUUCCUGCAGAAGCAAUGGUAGCGAUUCACUUUCUGGCAAGUAACAGGUUAGUUUAUUACAGGAUUUCCCCAACUUGGGGCUCCAGUUGUUUUUGGACUACAAUUCCCAUCAUCCCUGGGCACUGGUCCUGCUUGCUAGGGAUGAUGGGAGUUGUAGUCCAACAACAGCGGGAGACCCAAGUUUAGGAAACCCUGGUUUAGUACAUCAUUUGGAUUAGGUGGUAUAGGAUGUGGAAGACUUGCUUUGACCCUCGGGAGCUAUUACCAGUCAGAAUGGACACUACUGGGCUAACUGCCUGGUGUAACAGAAGGCUGUGUCUUAUAAGGAGCUUCUGAAAACAACUUUGGUGAACUGAAUAGUGUAAUCGCAGUUGGCACAUUACAUUUUCAUGCCUUACACAAAAAACUCCAAUGGCACGUAUUCCCCGAUUCCACUACCAUGCUUUUUCACAUAGUUCCCAUUCAUUUCAAUUGGUCUUGUAGAAUAGAACUUCUUGGAGGAUUAUGAUCCAGGGAGCAGAUGUGCCUCUGCUGCACUUCAGGGCAACCAAUUUCUACCACCUGAAUUAGCCUCUUAAUUUUGUCCCAUGGUAUGGCAACUCCAGUUAUAAUGAUUUUUUUCAAUAGUCCUUUUAUAAUAUAGCUUUGUUUCUGAACAUGCUUUCCUUCCAUUCAUUUUGUAACUUUAUGAUUCAGAUAUUUUUUUUCCCUGCAGCUCCUAACACGUUCUUGGUGCCAAACGUAGCAAUAGCAGCAGUUGUAAAAAUAAAUGUAUGCUUCUCUCUCUUUCUCUUUUUCUCUCAUUUCUCUACUCCUGAGAGCUGGCUAUUAAAGACAAACAUGCUUAGUUGUGAGACUCAUGAUGAAAUUGUGAAAAUUGGUAAACACAGUCAUGAGCUUUUUAGUAUACAGUGGUACCUUGGUUUAUGAACUUAAUCUGUUCCGGAAGUUCGUUCUUAAACCGAAGCCGUUCUUAAACCGAGGUGCGCUUUCCCUAAUGAGGCCUCCCACUGCCAGUGCCCUUUCACUGUUCGGCUUCCAUUCAUAGAACGAGGUAAAGUUUGCUAACUGGAACGCUACAUCCAGUUUUGCAGAGUUCGUAUACUGAAUAGUUUGUAAACAGGGCUGUUCUUAAACCGAGGUACCACUGUACACUGAAAGGCUUGGGAGAAUCGGUGACCGUUGUGCACAGUCAAGAUGGUUGGAUCAUUUGUCCUCAUACAUAAGACAUUCCUAGCAUUGUAGCUGAAAUCAGAUGGAAUAAGAGCAGUGGUAGCACGCUAUGUAGAUAGGCACAUUUUUUUGGUCUAAACUGGAUCCAGAGUAGAGGUCUGUCCUAUAUUCUGCCAUAGUGGGGUGGAUACUUGCUUAUUGCACAUUUUGUGUCAGCUUCAGAAACUGGGCUUGUAGAAAUUGAAUCAGUGUCACAGGCUGAGCCAUAAGGCGUUGUCGUAGUACACAUUUCAUUUGCUUGGAUGGUUCAAUAAUGUUCAUGGAGCUUUUGAGGAUCAGCUCAUCCAUGCUUUUUAUAUAUUUGUAUAUAUUUCCCUGACACACUCAUUAGGCUGCGCCAAACAUAGUGUACUGAACAUAUUUCCUGGAGCAGAAUACCUUUGAACCCUUUGUAUGAAGGAUUCUUUCCUAAAAGAGAGGGUGCAUUUCCUCCCCCCCACUCCUAAAAUUUUCUGAAAUGACCCCAUUGUUUUCAGGGUUAUGGGUCACUCAGCCAAGUGCCAAUCUAGGGGGGAAAGAGUUUUUCCCCCUGAAUGUAAUACUUAGGUUGCUUUCAUGUUGAGGAGCUCCCUCCCUCCCUACUCCUUGGGGGCCCAAGCAACAUUAUAAAACAACAGUAAACACUAAACACAAUCCACAGGAGCUUUUCAGUUCAGUCUGGUGGCCCUAGAGCUCAUAGCUUCCAGUUUAGCAGACUCUGUAGCAAGGCUGAAGUUUAGUAUGUUUAAUGCUUAGCAAGUCAGAAGGACUAGUUUAAAUUUAAUAUUCCAAUGCAAAUUCAAACAUCUUCAGAAGUGUAUAGAUGUGGUCAUAUAUAUUGGGUGCCAGUGCAGUAUUGCACAUCUUCAUGUUACUGCCAUGUCAAUGGCAGAUUAAUCAGCCCAGUUGUUUAGGGUCCGAGCGUUAAGCAAAGCAUUGAGUUUGAAUUGACUAGCUGCCUAAAUACACCAAACCAUCAGGUUACAAAUUAGAAUCAAAUGCAUAGUUUUUGUCGUGGUUAGAACUAAAUGCACUCCUGCUGCAUUUAACACAGAGACAAGAGAACGGUACAAACUCAUUUUAUUCAAGUGACCUGGAUGAUCCGAAAUGUGGAUAACUGCUGAAUAUACCUCAUACUUCAUGAGGGUUGGGUGCAUUAGUUAAAAGAGUUUGAGGGAAACAUUGGUGGUGCUAUACCAUGUUGCAUACAAAUGGCAAUAAAUAUUCUUUUAAAAGCAAGGAGUUUGAGAUAAUGAGAACAGGGAAUUUUUUAAUUUUUUUUACUGUUCCACAAAGUUCUGUAUAUGGGUAAUGGGCUAUAGCCAAAUAAGUUCUUCUCAGAGUAGAUAAAGUUAAUGAACCAAAGUUAGUUACAUAUGUUAGCUUUAAUGGGUCUACUGAGUAGAACUAGCAUGGGAGGUUGAGUCAAAAUAGACACCGUGAGUAAAACAUCUGGGCAAUCAGUGCUUUUUUUCAGGGGGUGCUUAGUACUGGCAUCUCUUUUUGUUGUUAAAAAGUGUGACACUUACUGUAACAACUUCACAGUGAGUACCGGCACCUAUUUUUCUAGAAAAAAGCACUGCGUGCAAGAAUGUGUGGGCAAAGGCUUCACAUGGAAAGGUGCAAACCUUCUCUCCCUGCUCCCCACCUUCCCUUUCUGUGCUCUUCUGUUUUAAGACACUUUCUCCCAGUUCUGGCUCAGGUGACGGAAGUGAAACAGCCUAGAAGACAGUUGCUUAAAGUAGUGGAACACAGCAAGUUACGGGUUUGGGUGAUGUUCAGUCCAUUCUCCUGCUCCUCUCUUGCUUUACAGUUGUAUCUCAGCUCCCAAGUGAUCGAAACCUGGAAGUGAGUGUUCUGGUUUUCAAAUGUUCUAUUAGAAGCCGAAUGUCAGACGGGGCUUCCGCUGAUUCCGAUUGGCUGCAGGAGCUUCGGUUUUUGAACGUUUUGGAAAUCGAACAGACUUCCAGAACAGAUUCUGUUUGAUUUCUGAGAUACGACUGUAUAUACAUGGAUAACAACAUGACAUUUCACAUGCAGUUUUUCCACACUGUUCAUACAGCCCAGAGCUCCAGGUGCAUUUUUGAUGCACACAUUAGGCUCUUGCACAGUUGGAAUUUUCCAUUUAGUUCUCUGGCGCAGAAGAGUGAGAGGCCAAGCAGGUGGGCAAGGAACUACUAGACUGGUGCACUAAUGCACAUACAUCCCCCCCCCCAAUUUUUGAGCUAUGGGACCGAACACCUUCAGGCAUCAUAAUAUCCCAGGUUAGCUACCAAAUACAUUUGAUAGAGUAAUGUACCACCCAUUAGCAUUAGGUCCAGGUUUACAUUUUCAAAAUAGAGAAUUUAAAUUCAAGAAAACAAAUUGGGGUGGGGGUGGAACAUAGAAAGGGUUCCCCCCCCCCUGCUCUGUGUGUGUGUGUCAUUUAUUUCAUUUAAAAUCUUGUUUCUUAAAAAUUAAAUUAUACUGCACGUGAACCAUUGAAAGAACAGAUUGUUCAACAUAUUCUCUCCCCCCCCCUUUAAUUAGUCAGCAGCUAGGAGAGCAGGAACUUGUUGUGCCAACUGCCAAACAACCACCACCACCUUAUGGCGACGUAAUGCGAAUGGGGACCCAGUGUGCAAUGCCUGUGGACUGUACUAUAAAUUGCACAAUGUGAGUAUUUGCCUGACAUGUGUCACCCUUUUGCUUGCUUAGCUGCGAUUGAUGCCUCAACUGCAUGGCGUCCACCAGCCCCUGUGUAUUCACUGCAGGGAGUCUUUUUAUUUUUUUAUUUAAAGAGAAAAGCUUUUUAGGGUCCCCCUGGGAAGUCACGGCCAUUCUCUGUUGGCAUAGUGAUGUGGAAUUCAGUGACAUUACGAUGUAUUAGCUUGGCUUCUAAAGCACACGGGCGAUUUAAGCAAAAUAGGGUUAGAACUUUUGGUUAGAACCCAAACACUGCAUGGUUCUCUGCCUUUCCCAGAAAUUCAGAGGACAUUUCAAAUGGAUUCAUGUAAAGUUUAAUUCAAUCGGGGUAUCUUUAUAUAAGUUUGGCACUGCAUGAAAGAAAUUGUAGAAUGCUCUGAUCGGUUCCAAAUAUUAUAUAUCUCAACAUAGAAAUAGUGCAAACUUUCUUCUUUUUAAAAAUUGAAACACUCCAGCUUUAGAAUCUGGUGCUCUGUGUGUGCCUCCCCCCUCCCUCUCUCUUUUUUUAAAAAGGAAAUCUUUUUUCUUUCUUUUUUAAAUUAGGAAAUGAAUGAAGGUUAAGGGCUAAGGCUAAGGAAAGGAGGGGUGGAAACUGCCAGUAUUUGGUCCAACUUGCUUUUUCAUGUCUGAAGUUUUCCAGUGUGGUUUCAUUAAACAAAUCAAAUUUUAUAAACAAAAUCUGCGGGGAGGAAGGAGGAGAUGUAGGCUUUUCGUUUUGUUUUUUGGCCUGAAAAUGAUUUCUGUCCGGGAAACUCUCAGGGGCUGUUUAAAUAUUUUUAUUUUUGUACACAAGAAGGUCAUUUUGCUUGCAUGAGCCUGAUUUUCUCAUUUCUUGCAGGUGAACAGGCCUUUGACUAUGAAGAAGGAAGGAAUUCAGACCAGAAAUAGGAAAAUGUCUAACAAGUCGAAGAAGAGCAAGAAAGGCUCUGAAUGCUUUGAGGAACUUUCCAAGUGCAUGCAGGAGAAAUCUUCUCCAUUCAGUGCUGCUGCCCUUGCCAGUCACAUGACACCGAUGGGGCAUUUGCCACCUUUCAGCCACUCUGGACAUAUCCUGCCAACGCCUACCCCCAUUCACCCAUCUUCCAGCAUCUCAUUUGGACAUCCACAUCCAUCCAGCAUGGUCACAGCCAUGGGAUAG